AGCGACCCCGCGUCCCAAAACGCGCGCACCCUGAGCUCCGGGCGGGACUUCCUCUCUGCUGCGGAUGCGAUAUUAGGGUGAGCAGGCAGAAAGGGCUUGGUCGGGGUGUCACUGGUGUAUCCGUGCGGCUCCGGACAGCAGAGAACCGGGCUGACGACGCCGCCGCUGCUUGGUGCCGCUGAAGCCCCGUAGAUGAGCCUCCUCCCCGGCUAUGCUGCCCUGAGAGCGCCGCGAGUACCCGCCCUGCCAACAUGUCUGAUGUCAACAAGACUAUUCAGAAAUGGCACGCCAGUUUUAGGAAAGGCACAGACUUUGACUCGUGGGGACAAUUAGUGGAGGCUAUAGAUGAGUACCAAAUUUUGGCGAGGCAGCUGCAGAAAGAGGUCCAGUCUACAAACUCAUCAGACUUCACAGAGGAGCAGAAGAAAACUUUAGGAAAGAUUGCAACAUGCCUGGAGAUGAGGAGCGCCAGUCUGCAGUGCACACAGUCAAAAGAGGACUUCAAGUUAGAAGAGCUGAAGAAACUGGAAACCAUAAUUCAAAAUAUUCUGACCUACAACAAAAAAUUCCCCUUUGAUGUGCAGCCAGUGCCCCUAAGGAAAAUCUUCGCUCCAGGUGAAGAGGAGAACCUGGAGCUGGAGGAGGAGGAGGACGCCGCAGCAGGAGCAGGAUCCAUAGAGGCUUUCCCCCCUAGAGCCCCCGGUACCUUGUUGCCACGGUUACCCUCAGAGCCUGGGAUGACACUACUCACACUAAAGAUCGAAAAAAUCGGGUUGAAGGAUGCUGGGCAGUGCAUCGAUCCGUACAUGACCAUCAGUGUCAAAGAUUUGAACGGCAUAGAUGUGAACCCAGUGCAGGACACACCUGUGGCCUCCAGGAAGGAAGACACCUACAUUCACUUCAGCGUGGACGUGGAGAUCCAGAGACAUGUGGAGAGAUUACCAAAAGGAGCAGCUAUCUUCUUCGAAUUCAAGCACUACAAACCCAAAAAGAGGUUUACCAGCACUAAAUGUUUUGCCUUCAUGGAAAUGGACGAGAUCAAACCCGGCCCCAUCGUCAUCGAACUGUACAAGAAGCCCACAGACUUCAAGAGGAAGAAACUGCAGCUUCUAACAAAGAAACAACUCUAUCUCCAUCUCCAUCAGACAUUACACAAGGACAGCUAAGUCGCAGCGCGCCUCGAACUUUGACCCGCCCUCUUUUUAAUCUCUCCCAGCACCCACAUCCAGCAGAGUGCGGUGCUCCACCUCAUCACAUCCAGCAAUACUAAACCAAGGUCGUUUUUUCUCCCAAUGAGUAUAUGAAGAAAGUAAAGAGUUUUGUAUUCUUUGAUUCUGUUGCCAAGUGCGUAUCCCUCCUCCAAAAACACUCUAAAUAUGUUUGCCCAUGACCAGGUGGAGGCACACGGCGUUCAUAUCACAGCAGGGUUAUGUUGAAACAGUCAACCCACCUCAUCUCCAGUCUUCCUCAGCUCACUGAUUUUUGGUAAAUGGGACACAACAUGAGUUACUGCAGGUGCUUCAUUUGAGUUUUAUGUGGAGUUUGCAAAGUCAUUCCCUGAAUAAAUAACACAACAUGCAAACAGUAACGUGUUUGCAGAUAUUAAAAGUUAGUCCACAAUGGUUUGUGUGUGCCACGAUUAGACUUUCAUCGUGUUUAAUUAUUAUUAAUUGAUUCGAUGAAUUUAUUAAAUGCAUAAAAAAAAUUAAAGUCCCCAAAUUAAUAAUUUAGUUUUAUUUAUUCUUGCUAAAAGAGAUACUUUACCGAUUGUGUUAAUGCAGUGGUUCCCAACUAGUGGGUCCUGGUCCAAAAGUGGGACCAGGAGUGACUUGUGAACAUGUCAAGUUUGUUGACAACGCUUUAUUUUGAAGUUCAAUGCAUUUCCAGCACAGAGCUUUUAUUUUGAAGUGCCGUUCCCUGCUGUAGAGUAAGUGACUAACGGACAGCUACAUGACAGAGACAGCAAACUAGCUCAACCAUAUGGUCAAACACAAGUAUGAUGCUGAAUAUAUCAAACUGUGAGGACCUUGAACUAAUGACUGAAGAUAAAUCUGGACCCAGUGUCUGGACCAGGUGGGAACCACUGUGUUAAUAAAGUGUGGUAAACUUGCCUCCAUCUUACCAGCGGCCACAUCUCUGCGCUACAAGCCGAAAACACGGUGGAACUAAGCCGCGCUGAUGAAAUAUAAACCAAGAUUCUGUUACUGUGUUGCCUAUUUCUUGCCGAAAAUGUUUUAAUUAACAUGUAUUAGCUUACAGUUUAAAUGUAAUUUAAGAAACCCUUUGUUACCAGACCUGCCGCCAUUUUGUUUCCUGUGUCAAUUUACCAAAUGGCAAGGAAACUAUAAAAGACAGAAAAGGCAUGACGUCAGUGACAGCGUUCGAAUUUUGCAUGUGUGCUAGACUUUGGUGCCACUGCUAUUUAAGUCAGUGGGAGGGCAAAUCACACUCUAACCCAUUAUAUCUUUGUUGUUUCGCCUUUGACCGAAAAAUCCUUCCACCAGAUUCAAACAAACUUUGUCAACUGUGUUUUAUCUAAAUGUGCGUGUUCGUUUUCCUUGUUACUGGUUUCCAAAUAGAUCACGGCUCUGUCCGUCAGCUGCCCCUGUGCUAACCUACCUGCUGCUAGCAGGAAGUAUUGUAGGCUACAUGUAUUUGAUAUCAUUACUGACCAACCUUCAAACAGUUAAGGAUAUUUAAUAAUCAGGAGGGCUAACGUUAGGCAGCUCUAUAAUGUUUCUAAAUAUAAUCAGGAGGUGCUGCUAAAUGUGGACCUCCAUUACUUACCGGUACUUGUUGCUUUGUUCGUCAGUGAACUAAGUUAGCAGUUGGACUUUGUUUAGCUAUGAUAGUCAGCGGACGCCCUAUGUUAAUUUGGGGAUAAAACCAUUAAUGUUAAGCGAUAACUCUGGUGAAGGUGUAACAGAAACAAACAGCUGCGGUGUCAGAGAGUGAUAGCAAAUGUUCUAUUGAAUUGAAUUGACCCGUCCCGGUUGGCUGCAUUUCAUGAUGUAGCUCAGAGCUAACAUGGGCUUAAGUUGAAUAUGCAGCUGACGGACAGAGCCAUGAUCUGUUUGGAGACCAGUAACAAGAAAAACAAAUGUGCACAUUUAGAUAAAUAUCGUAUAAUGUGUGUUUCUUAAAUAUGGUGGAAGGAUUUUUCAGUCAGAGUUGAAACACUAAAGAUAUGAUGGGUUAUAGUGUGACUGCCAUGUCUGCUCCUUUUAACUCCAAUAGAACUGACAUCAAAGUCUGGCUCCAAUGUGAAACUGACGUCAUGUCCUCUCCUUCUUUUAGAGUUUCCUUGCCAAACGGCCCAGCUGCAUUGUGUCACCCACUAGCGGGACUGGUGCAGUGCAUUCUGGUAGUUGUAGGUUUUCUACCUCUUGAGCAAAAGCAAACGUCACAGCCCUUUUCUUUUGUUUUCUCUGGCACCAAUCUCAAAAGUAUUUCCGUCUUUUUACCACAUAGACAGCCUAGUUUUAUGAAAAGACUGUCUCCCAGUAGUGAUGCGUCUGAGAAAAUCUGGAUCACAAAAAUAAUUUUUAAAAGACUAUUAGAUAAAUUAAUUUAGGAUCAUCUCAGAAUUUAUGUGCUUUAACAUUCACACUUUCCACUUUUUUGAGUUGUUAAAAGUAUAAUGCGUUUGAUUAGUGCGGCCUUAAUUUAAAGCAGCAGAUACUCUGAUUGGACAGCUGUCGUGUGCAUGUUCAAUCAGAGCUCUUCCUGCUGUUCAAUAUGUUCUUCAAGUUUCAGCUGGCACUCUGUUGUCUCUACAUUAAAGCUAUCAUAAGAUGAAAACAGCACAUUUAUAAUUAUAUAUAAUAGUAAUCCUAAACACUUAAAAAGUCACAGACAGUAUUGAAUCCAGCAGUGGCAUCUGCAAUGUUAAACUGAUGCAGGUAUGGGUGAAACAUACAGUAGAUGUCAUUUUAUGAUGCACUGACCAUUUUUAAACGUGGUGUCGGCUUUGUCAGGACAUAUCUCAAAUAUAAUUUCUGUACUAAAUAUCUGUUUCAGCCCAGAAUUAAUAAGAGUAGCAGUUAAAUGUCUCCAUCUCAGUUCAGUGUUCCUGCUUCAGUAUGUAUUGGAUUUACUAUAUUUAAAUACAGUUUCAUACGGUUUUAUAAAUGCAUUAAGAUUAAAUUGGAUGCAGCAUGGUUUGCAUGAUUCUGUAUUCAGUGUUGCGGUCCAGAUGUUUUUUUCUAAGCGAGCAGAAACGUUCAGGUUGCACGUUCGUCACCUGCCCCGGGAGCGUUUCUUUUUAAACCAAGUGUUAAUCUGCAGAUCAGAUGUUAUGUAUACAGAUAUAUUUGAUCUAUAGAGGAUGCAUCUUUACCGGCAAAGGACAGGAAUCGUCUUCUCCUUGAGCCCACUACUACCUUCUGAGAUCUCACACCACCCUGUCAUUAAGGGCUUUUUUUAUUUUCAUUAAAGUUGCAUGUAAGUUUUUAUGUUUCCUGUCUGACUCUGCAGAUGUUUGUGUUCACUAAAAACAUCUACAUGUUUGAUUUCAGAUUUUAUUUUUGUAACGUCACAAUAUUCAGGACUGUAAAUUAACUGUAAGAUACACUAACUGCUGAGUAUACAGUAACUGUGUGUGUGUAUGAUGAAGCGCAACGAGACGGGGUGAAGCGAGGCCUGUGGAGCGCUUUGAGUUUUGUUUGACAGACUGACGGGGAUUGUAUCGAACAUUUACAAUGCUUUUAAUUUCUAAUAAACUACAAAUGAAGCAGCUUGGUUGGUGGUUUCAU